AUCCAUGCUCGGGGAUGGGGGGCGAAAAAGCCAAGAGAUGGAGGCUGAUUUUCCGCGCUUUGGACCGCGAGUUUUCCUCCUUCUUCCACAUGACUCUAUCCACGAUCUUCCAGGAUGGAAAGGACACGAGUGCUAUCCCUCCUGCUGCGGUGCCUGGCCUGGUACCAGUCAGUAAUGCAUGCCCCGUUUCUGAUGCGAACCAUCUGAUUCCUGGCGCUACCGCCCACACGCGCCACUCGAGCACCGGCACUGCUCAGGACAGCAGAUUCUGCGCGACUUUACAGCGGCGGCAGAGCAUUGUUUGGCCACCCCGGCCCAAGUCUGGUCGAAAGUCUUUUCCGCCACUACUGACUGCAGCCUGAGUCCAAGUUGGUAAUGGCGGCAGUGCUUGGGAGAGAGUGCCCAUCGAAUCACAGGGACGAUCGUUUGCGGCGAUUGCCUGACAAUAGCUGAUUAUUGUUGUUGACUGACUGGCUGGACUGACUAGACUGACUGGUAUGACUAAAGUAGUAGUUGUACCGCAAACCUCGCAUGGGCUGCGGCGCGGCUGCAAAAUGACGAAUGACGCAUGUCUUGAUUCAUCCUCCAAUGCUUCCUCCCACGCCUCAUCGCCUCACGCCCGCCCUGCGCCUGCGCCUGCGCUCGCUGAUUCAAACUGAACUUGAACACAGCACCGAUUGUCUAUUGUCUUCUGCCCGUCGCAACACCUGAUUCAUUCACCAUUCACUGCCAGUGCCAUUGUCACCGAUCUAUUGUUCCAUUGGAACCAACCACGCAUCAAUAAGGUAGCCUCAAUAGGCUUGAAUAGGCUGCCGGCACAAUACCAACCACUGCAAUCCAUUAUUCAAUCCUCUCAUCAUUUCCCAAUUCAAAACAUCUGGGUAUCUGGCCCAUGUCCUCUGCUACAAAUCUUUCCUACGUCCCAUUUAACUUACCACUGCAUUUCAAACCUUAAUCAUUUCUCUCUAUCUUCCCAGAAACGACCGCGCAAUUUGGCACGAACCAGACUUUGACCCUCUAGGUUCUCAUCCACUGAGCCUUGAACCUAAUUCUCCAUUUCUUCGGACAACUCCAGACCGGCGGGAGGACCUUUCGCAAAGAACCGAUAUAAAGCGGUGUCGAUCGCCUUCGAUCUCCCCCAUCCUCUUGCUCUUUUCCAUACAACAUCUACACACUACAAGUACUGGAGGAACAUCAACAUAUGAGUGAAGAAGAUCAGGAACACUCUGCUACAAUCAUGGAUUCUGUGGCACAGCCCCAGGCCACUCCUCCGAAACCAAACAUGGCAUUGACAGCCACCAAACAUCCUGAAGCCGCCGAAGGAAAGGCGAGCGUCAAACCACAAGUCAACCUGGCACCUGUCCAGACCAUUACACCACCGCUUUUCCAUCACAAUCUGGGGAAAGAUCAAGAAGAAUUCGAACGUAACACUCCUUCACCGGGCCCGGCACACACCGACAAUGGCCCUGUCAUUCAAUUCCAGGCCCCUCUGUCGCCUGCUCUGACUUCAACGACCGGCAAUCUGCUUAAUUCUCAAGCCUCUUCUCCGAUCACUGGUACUGAGGACGAUACUAUUUCCGAAGCCUCUUCUCCGAUCGCGUCAGCCGCCGAGUAUCCGGCUCUUGACAACAUAGCUGACGCUGCGGAAGCCGCUCGUAACGCCCAGGCCGCACAGGCAUUGAUCGAUCUCUCAAACACCGAAAACGAACAACAACUCUCCUCGCAAAAACCUCUUGUCCUCAGCUCGGGGGAGAUCGACCUCAUUUUCGAAGCAGUGGAGCGGAAAUGGGACCUCGCCGAGUUCCUACUUGAAACUAGGGGACGCCCCCUCCAGUUGCCUAUAAAUCGCAGUCUGCCCAAGCACCGUCAAGUCACGACUGCACCCGAACUCAUCAAGCGGGCCAAGCACUUUCUCGACUUUCGCAUUCCCAAGGUCAAGCCCGAGCAAGGACGGGGCGUUGUCGAUCGUCAUUUGUUCAACACUCCAUACCCAUGGUAUGAGGCGAAGCUGAUGGCCAUGUACGGGAUGCUUGAGGAUUUCCCAUCUGGGACCCCCGAUGUGCUGUAUGCAAUUCGCCAGUACUUCUACGACGGCAAGCCAUCAUUGUUGGAGAAGUCCGAUUUGUUGCCAGCCGGGCUACAAAAAGGCAAAUCAACACCCACCCGCCGAGCUUCCAAGCCGAAAAUGCCGUCAGUGUCGGCCCCAACCGUAGCCGAAACUCCGGGCCGGCGGGUCACUCGCCAAACCACGGCUAUGUCUAUUUCCAAUCUUAUCGAACCAGCCGAGAAUGAUGUCGCAACCCCAGUCCACGUGCAAGAAACUCAUCAGGUCGCGGCAAGCAAAGAGCAUUCAGUCGAGACGCCAGCGCCUAAUCAAUCUGCGGCGGAAGCUACCCAACAACCAACACCUGACGUGGACGAGGAGCCGACUCCUGAACCCCGCGAGAAAACAACACCGCGCGUUAGGGCACCUAAGAAACGCAAGCAGGCCACUCAAGAAGUUGAGGGCGCCGACUCUAUUGCAACCAAGAAGAAGAAGUGCAGCAGAUCUAGUAUCUUUGAUGAAUCAAAGGUAAAUCCUUCAGCUGAGCUUCUUGCCCGGCACAUCAAAGGCAUGCUUAACCUGCGUUCGUCAGACAAGAAUGACUAUGCAGCGUUUUCGGAGGCCAUUCUACCUGACAAUCGCCCCGAUCUCAACCUCAGCAUGCCUGUUCUCAAACAUGAGAUCCCCGAGGACGGUGUUGUUUUUGAGGACGUCGGCGAUACUAGCGGUCUUCAUCCCAUGGAAGUCCAGGUUUGCAAGAUACUGGCCAUCACCUGUGACACCUAUCGUUGUCAAAAAGCUCGUUUCUUCCUAGGCCUUGCCGUCUUCACCGAAUGGAACUACCAAGCAAUGACUGAAGAUCCGGCAAGCUUCAAGCCGUGGAAUGCGGGCAAAUCACAGUGCCAACUUAUUAACAACAUGGAUGUCAACAAGUCCAGCGACAUGUACCAAGCAUUCGAGACCUGGGGAUGGGUCGAACCCGUGGCCACCAAAGACCCGAUCACAAAGCGAUGGAUCGUUUCGCAAAACUACCUCCGACGAUUCCCAGAAGCCCAUCGCCGUCCUUUGAUGCGGGAGCUUCAUGCUUACGAAAGAGCGCAUCCACUGCUCAAGCAGCUCGCCAAGCUUCCUCCCGCAGGCACGGCAUGAACGAACAUAUCGAGUCAACAAACGACAAACGACAAACGACAAACGAGAGAAUGAGCAUUACGAAAGCACACGGACCGGCGCAAACUGGAUUUCCAACACCUAGGUACCACAGAGGAGUUAUGGGGGAAGGGGCCAACACAUGUCAUAUUUUCGGGGGACGGAAAUUGGUGUGGAAAAUUAACGGCGCGAUGCAUUUACGAGACUGAAACCAUGAUACCCGCACACUACUACGUGUUGCACAACUUGAUUGCGGCAAGGAGUUUUUGUUAUGUUUUUGGGGAAAUUCGUUUAAGGCAGGGCGAUUGACCAGUGCGAGUCACCUCAGGAUAUCCCACAACGGAUGUUAUCGCAUACCUACUAAUUUCGAAGUGGUUUCAACAUCACUGGUCAUGAGCUUUAUGCAUGGGAUUGGGGUUUCUUUAGCAUCGAUUCAGCUACUGCGUGAGCUGGGCAAGCUGCUACCGUCAACCAGGCUGUUUGUUGCCUUGAUACCCCCGACGACGGAUUCAGCUUGUUUUUAGUUAGUCUUUUAGUCCUGCAAUUACGUUGAGAAUG